AUGGAUACCGAGGAGGAUAAACACGGGGAGAAACCCAAUGGUCUGGCGAAGGAUGAAUUAGGGGUGGGAAUACUACGCGUCGGUUCAAUCAACCGGAGGCGGUCGUCAUUCACGUCUUUGCCGUCGCCACAGGGGGAACGCCACUCUGUGACGUUUGCGCUGGUCGAGGACCUCCCCAGGAGCGAGGAUACGUGGAGGGGCUCCUCCGAGGUGUUCGAGGAGAUGCCACUGUCCCCGACGUUGCUGGCGCACGUCGGCAGGGUUGACACUGCCGAGGAGGAGGAGGACGAUGACUACUCGGUGUCGGUGUCUGCGAUGCUGCAGAGGAAGCCCUCCAGGAGGUCCAGCAGAAGGAAAAAGAGGGGGUCCUCUGGCUUUUUGAGUGAGGACGUUGCGGACGUCCCUGGGAGCUCCAGGAGACGCUCUUCAGUUUUUACUACGAGCUCUGGAGACACAGCGAUCUCGAUCGACGGGAUGGAGGAGGACACGGAGGAGAGGGUCAAGCAGCAGCAGAUUUUUGAAAAGCUUAAGGUUCAUAAGGAGGUUUUGGGGGCUGUCAAACAUCAGCCGUGGACGCUCAGGAAAAAAAUGAAAUUAGUGAGACAAGCAAAGUCGUACAUCAGAAGGCACGAGGGUGCUCUUCAGGUGCGACUCGCUCAGAGUAGGAACACCAGAGAUGUUCUAGCGCAGGUCUCGAUUUUCAUGAACAAGAAAUGGCAGUACUUUCGGCGAGAAAUCGUCAACCUGCAGACGUGGGUGGUGCCCUGGGAGCUCCGAAUAAAAGAAAUCGAGUCUCACUUCGGUUCUGCGGUCGCCUCCUACUUCAUUUUCCUCCGCUGGCUCUUCUGGAUCAACCUCGUGAUAUCCCUGAUACUGACUGUCUUCGUCGCGGUCCCGGAAAUUCUGACGGCCGAUAAGAAUUUGGCGGGAGAUCGCAAGAUCAUGCCUCCGGAAGUGAAGGCUAAGGCCACCCACUUGCUGACACUCUGGGAAUUCGAGGGAAUAAUCAAGUACUCCCCAUUCUUCUACGGAUGGUACACCAAUCGGAACUCUGAGGACGUGGGAUACAGAAUGCCGCUGGCAUAUUUUCUCGCCAAUCUCGUGAUUUAUACGUACAGCUUCGUCGCCAUAUUGCGCAAAAUGGCGGAAAAUUCGCGGAUGAGCAAAUUAUCGGAGAAGGAAGACGAGUGUGCAUUCUCCUGGAAACUCUUCACAGGGUGGGACUUCAUGAUUGGGAAUACGGAGACUGCACACAACAGGGUAGCGAGCACCAUCGUAGGGUUCAAGGAAGCACUUCUGGAAGAAGCGGAGAAGGAAAAACAACUCGGACACUGGAAAAUCACAACAGUUCGAAUUCUCGUGAACCUCGCAGUGAUCUUCCUCCUGGCAUUAUCCGCCUACGCAGUAGUGCAGUUAGUAGCGAGGAGUAUGCAGCCAGAGGCGACAAGCAGUUGGUGGAGGCAGAACGAGAUAACAGUAGUGAUGUCCCUGAUCUCCUUCAUCUUCCCGAUAUUCUUCGAAGUCCUGGGAUUCGCCGAGAACUACCACCCGAGGAAGCAGUUGAGGGUGCAGUUGGCGAGGAUCAUGCUGCUGAACCUCCUCAACCUCUACUCCCUGAUCAUCGCCCUCUUCGACAAGAUAAGCCACAUGGAAGAGGAGCUGCAGGCGCUGAAACCAAAGGCCGAAGUCCCUGCCUUCUCCAUGUCGUGGAACUGCUCUCGCUGUCGAGACGUUAAAGUUCCCUGUGGGGAGUUCCCAUCAGGUGUCAUGACCACCUCCACCUCCUCGAGAAAGUCGAGGAUGCUGACCACUGGCCUAGCAGCAAUGAGCUUGAUCAUGGCUCCAAACUCAACGGAAAACUCAAUACUCCAAACGAACGCCUUCGAGCCGCGCGCCAACGAUCUUCUCGGCGAAACUCUGAUCAACGUCGACGGAUCCAUGGAUUACGACGCCCUGAUGACGUUAGAGGAGAAUUCAACCGUGUCCGCGGUGGCUGAGAAUCGAACGUUCGAUCCACCAGAGGACGAUCGAGGGAGGUGGUCUUACCCCGAGGGACAAGAGCCCGAAAACCCCCAGGACAACUACGACGAUUACGAUGUCAACAUUAAUUACGACGAAGUCUCAACGUCGACUGAGGGCUCGAAUGAUUCCGCAACCGUUGAACAAGAGGCUGUUCCUGAGGAACUGUCGACGACCAAAUCUCCCGAUCGAGGAGUAAAACUGAGGGAAUGUGUCGUCAAGGGUUGUGGUGUGUGCGAGACCCCGGAUUCCUGGGGGGAAGACAGGAGAAACACUCAAGUGAGUCUCACAGCUAUUUCGAGACUCAAUAUAACGACUAAACGAAAGCUGAGGAAACUGUGCUGGGAAACGAUGUUCGGGCAGGAGCUGGCCAAGCUCACGAUGAUGGAUCUAGUCCUCACGAUCAUUGCUACGCUGGGGGUGGACUUUCUUCGAGCCGUUUUCGUGAGGUACACGCACAGCUGGUGGUGCUGGGAUUUGGAGAAGAAGUUUCCGCAGUACGGGGACUUCAAGAUUGCGGAGAAUAUCCUGCAUUUGGUUAAUAACCAGGGGAUGGUGUGGAUGGGGAUGUUCUUCAGUCCUGGGUUGACUGCUCUCAAUCUUGUCAAGCUGGGGAUUCUCAUGUACUUGAGGUCUUGGGCGGUCAUGACGUGCAAUGUGCCACAUGAAGUUGUGUUCAAAGCCUCGAGGUCCAAUAAUUUUUAUCUCGCAUUGCUCCUCACGAUGUUAUUCCUCUGCGUUCUCCCUGUGGGAUACGCUAUCGUCUGGGUCAAGCCUUCCUGGCACUGCGGGCCUUUCGCCGGAUAUCACAGGAUUUACUACAUGGCGACGCAAAGUCUGAAGGACACGCUACCCCGAAAAGCUCACAAGGCUUUGGACUACAUCGCAUCCCCCGGUAUCGUGAUUCCCCUCAUCGUCCUGAUGACAUUGAUAAUUUACUACAUGGUCUCACUAACAGGCUCUCUCAGAGAAGCCAAUAACGAUCUCAAGAUUCAAUUGCGGUAUGAGAGGACCGAGGAGCGACGAAAAAUGUUCAAAAUCGCAGAGAAAAGGGGACAAGCGCAGGAUACUCCCUUCGCAAAGUGGAAGAAAAUACUACCGCCGACGGGAAGAACAGGAAGAACAGCAGCUUCGGACACACUGAAAAUCUCAAAAGGGAUUGGUAAUAUUCUCCAAGAAAAACGUAAAGGAGCAAUCGAGAGAAUUCGCAAUUUAACGUCUGAAGCUGACGAGACAACCGACGCAGAACCAUCAUCG